AUGCCAGCACACUUUGGACGUGACACGAGUCCAGUGUGUUGUGACAUGCUAGCACACUUUGGACGUGACACGAGUCCAGUGUGUUGUGACAUGCCAGCACACUUUGGACGUGACACGAGUCCAGUGUGUUGUGACAUGCCAGCACAAUUUGGACGUGACACGAGUCCAGUGUGUUGUGACAUGCCAGCACACUUUGGACGUGACACGAGUCCAGUGUGUUGUGACAUGCCAGCACACUUUGGACGUGACACGAGUCCAGUGUGUUGUGACCUGCUAGCACACUUUGGACGUGACACGAGUCCAGUGUGUUGUGACAUGCCAGCACACUUUGGACGUGACACGAGUCCAGUGUGUUGUGACCUGCUAGCACACUUUGGACGUGACACGAGUCCAGUGUGUUGUGACAUGCCAGCACACUUUGGACGUGACACGAGUCCAGUGUGUUGUGACAUGCCAGCACACUUUGGACGUGACACGAGUCCAGUGUGUUGUGACAUGCCAGCACACUUUGGACGUGACACGAGUCCAGUGUGUUGUGACAUGCCAACACACUUUGGACGUGACACGAGUCCAGUGUGUUGUGACAUGCCAACACACUUUGGACGUGACACGAGUCCAGUGUGUGAUGACAUGCCAGCACACUUUGGACGUGACAAGAGUGUGAUAAUGAUGCAUUCGUAG